UUCACAAAUUGGAGAUGAUCGUCCAAUUUCACAAUGUACUUUUUCACCUGAUAAUAGUCUAAUCGCUACUGGUUCUUGGUCUGGUUUGUGUCGGAUAUGGAGUGUACCAAGUUGUGAAACCGUCAUAACAUAUAAAGGACACGCUGAUCGUGUUGGUGGUGUUGCAUGGCAUCCACAGGCUACCUUUUCUAUAGACAAGAGUUUAGUAAAUUUAGCUUCGGGUGCAGCUGAUGGUUUAAUUAAUUUAUGGUCUUUGGAAAGUGAUUCGCCGUUGGGUACAUUGCAAGGACAUACAUCAAGAGUAGCAAAGAUUGAUUUUCAUCCAUCAGGAAGAUUUAUUGCAUCAGCAAGUUAUGAUUAUUCUUGGCGCCUUUGGGAUGUUGAAACAACUGGUGAAUUAUUACUUCAGGAAGGUCAUUUUAAAGAAGUUUAUGCAAUUAGAUUCCAGAAUGAUGAUGCUAUUGGACGUGUCUGGGAUCUAAGAACAGGUCGAUCUGCUAUGGUCUUAGAAGGACAU